AUGGCACCAAGCAGCACCGGCAGCAAUUCCAACCAGACGGAUCCUCUGCAGCAUCCGCUCCAGGCCACGAUGAUGGCCAUUGGAGGCGCGACGGGCGAAGGCCGCAGCAAUCGCAUGAGCCAUAUGAUGAGCGCCAACGAGGGUCCCGCUGACAUCGCGGCGAAGAUCACGGGCACUGUGCAAGGUGGAAAGCGAGCGGACGACGGAGCUUACUUUACGAACAACGAGGGCAUUCCGUGGCCAGAUCCAGCUCACAGCAAGACCAUCGGUGGCAUUCCUGUUGCCAGCGACAUCUUCUUGUUCCAGAAGCAGCAGACAUUCAAUCGCUCAAAGAACCUGGAACGCAUGGUCCAUCCCUGCGGCUCUGGCGCUUUCGGCUAUUUCGAAUGCACGAAGUCGGUAUCAGAUCUUACGAAAGCAAACUUCUUGCAGAGCGUGGGCGAGAAAACGCCCAUCUUCAUCCGCUUCUCCACCGUCACGCUUGGCCGCGAGUUCCCCGAUGAAGCCCGCAAUCCUCGCGGGUUCGCGAUCAAGUUCUACACAAUGGAAGGCGAGUCUUCUUAUCAGUCUCCUGCAGGGCACAGAACAUGUGCGAGAAACUAUGACAUUGUCGGACUGAAUUUUCCUGUGUUCUUCUGUCGUGACCCCAUCCAAGGACCAGAUGUCAUCCGCUCGCAAUCGCGCAACCCCAAGAACUUCCUUUUGGAUUACGACGCGCUAUUCGAUCUGCUCGGCUGCACGCCCGAGGGCAACCAUGCCGGCUUGAUGUUCUUCAGUGAUCACGGUACGCCGCAGGGCUGGCGCAAUGAGCACGGAUACGGAUGCCACACCUUCAAGUGGGUCAACCAGCAGGGCAAGUUCGUCUAUAUCAAGUACCAUUUCAUCGCCAAGCACGGUCAGAAGCAGUUCACCGAACCCGAGGCUAUCCGCAUCAGCGGCGAGGACCCGGACUACUCCAAGCGUGACCUGUGGGAGGCCAUCGAGAACGGCGAGGAGAUCGAGUGGACCGCCAUGGUACAAGUCAUGCAGCCUGAGGAUGCCGAUCCCGAGAAGCUCGGCUUCGACCCCUUCGACGUCACCAAGGUGUGGCCGAGGAAGCAGUUCCCGAUGCAAGAGUUCGGCCGCCUGGUCCUGAACAAGAACCCCGAGAACUUCCACCGUGAUGUCGAGCAGGCCGCCUUCUCACCCGGAAGCAUGGUUCCCGGCAUCGAGGACUCUCCAGAUCCGCUGCUGCAGUUCCGCAUGUUCUUCUAUCGCGACGCGCAGUACCACCGUAUCGGUGUGAAUCUACAUCAGAUCCCCGUCAACUGCCCGUUUAUGGCGCAGUCAUAUUCAUCGCUGAACUUUGACGGACCGAUGCGCGUCGACGCGAACCACGCUGGCAACAAGCAGUAUGCGCCGAACAGUUUCGUGCAUAAGUUCCGACCGGAUGUCGCUGAGACGCCAUAUGCGGUGUCGGACAACAUCAUGAGCAGGAAGAGCCACUACUACCAUGAGGGCAAGAUGAGCGAGUAUGAGCAGCCGAAGGAGCUGUGGACAAGGGUCAUGAGCGAGCAGGCCAAGAAGAACACGAUCAGCAACACGGCGAAGAUGCUGCGGUUUGUCAAGUAUCCCAUCAUUCAGAAGAGGUUCCUUGCUCAGAGCUACAACAUCUCCCCCGACUAUUCUCAGGGUGUCUAUGAUCUUCUGCCGAAGAAGGAAUUCGAGUUUUCGGAAGUUGAGGAGAUGGCCAAGACGGCGCAUGUCUGGUUCAAGGAGGAGAAGUUCAGGCCCAGCAAUGGUGAGAGGCUGGUUGGCCUCCCGCCGCAGCAGUCUGUAUACAAUUAG